AUUUCCCUCCUAACCCGUGACAGUAGAGAGGCGGGACAAAUGGGGCUUUUUAUUGCCGCCUUUCUGUCCAACCCGAAAGUUAGGAAAGGUCGGUUGGUUUACACUGGAGGACAAAUGGUCCAAUUACCGCGGAAAAGGGACCUCUGAAUCCAGAUUGGCGUCCUCCCUACCUAUAAGAUAGGCUCAGGGGCGGUGAGAACCAGCCCCGGAUGUGGGCGCGGCACUGAGGUAGGACUGAGAGAUCCUAUACCGCAGUGUUUUGGGGAGGCGGAACUGAAUUUUUUUCUUAAUUAUCAUGUGACGGGUUCUGGAUUUAAUGGGGGGAAAAGUGCGGAAAAGGACAAGGAUCCAAACUGGCGAAUUUCCUGAUCUUCGCGUCUCUCUCCGCUCUCCGGCCGGCGGCGCUGCCAGGUGAGUCUGGGGCUCUGCCCUAGCCCGCACGGUAAAGCGGUGCUGGUCUCCUGAUGCUUCCGUGGGCUGUGCGGCCGACCCCCAGCCCAUCACACAGCCAGCCCCCAACGCGCACAUGCCUGCUUGGCUCCAGGGCUUCUGUGCGCAUCCAGCAGGAACCGUGGUGAACUCCAACGUGUGCUGGGCCCACAGCCCAUAAAAGGGGAGCGUCCGGGUGGGGCGCCGCGAGCCGACUGUUGGUGUUUGCAGAAGGGGUGUAUUUCCUUUUUUUCGAUCCUGCAACAGCCUCUUUAAACUGUUUAAAUGAGAAUGUCCUUGGCUCAGAGAGUACUACUCACCUGGCUUUUCACAUUACUCUUCUUGAUCAUGUUGGUGUUGAAACUGGAUGAGAAAGCACCUUGGAACUGGUUCCUCAUAUUUAUUCCAGUCUGGAUAUUUGAUACUAUCCUUCUUGUCAUGCUGAUUGUGAAAAUGGCUGGGCGGUGUAAGUCUGGCUUUGACCCUCGACAUGGAUCACACAAUAUUAAAAAAAAAGCCUGGUACCUCAUUGCAAUGUUACUUAAAUUAGCCUUCUGCCUCGCACUCUGUGCUAAACUGGAACAGUUUACUACCAUGAAUCUAUCCUAUGUCUUCAUUCCAUUAUGGGCCUUGCUGACUGGGGCUUUAACCGAACUUGGAUAUAACGUCUUUUUUGUGAGAGACUGACUUUUAAGUACAUCAUCUCAUUUCUAUUGCUGUUCAACAAGUUACCAUUAAAGUGUUCUGAAUCUUUCAAGCUUCAAGAAUACCAGAGAACUGAGGGAAAAUAACAAAUGUAGUUUUAUACUACUUCCAUAAAACAGGAUUGGUGAAUCACAGACUUCUAGUCAACCUACAGCUUAAUUAUUCAGUAUUUGAGUUAUUGAGAUCCUUAUUGUCUCUAUGUAAAUAAAGUUUGUUUUGGACCUCA